AUGAAUUUCCUCCGACGGCGUCUCUCAGACAGUAGUUUUGUAGCUAAUUUGCCCAACGGCUACAUGAUGGACUUGCAGCGCCCUGACAACUCCACCAGCUCCCCGGUUUCUCCUGCUAUGGAGAGAAAGCAUCCACAGCCACCACAGCCCUUGCACUCUUCCUCUGCUGGCACCAGCAUCUUCAGCUCCAUCUCUAGUGCCAUGAAGCAAACCACGCAAGCAGCUGCAGGUCUAAUUGAUCACUCGACCAGCCCCACACCUGUGGCCCAGAAACCCAAGAUCCUCCUGGUGAUCGAUGAUGCACACACAGACUGGGCCAAAUAUUUUCAAGGGAAGAAGGUGAAUGGAGAAUUUGAUAUCCGAGUGGAACAGGCCGAGUUCUCUGAGCUGAACCUAGCUGCUUAUGUCACAGGAGGCUGCAUGGUGGACAUGCAAGUCAUGAGGAACGGCACUAAGGUGGUAAGUAGAUCCUUCAAGCCAGACUUUGUUCUGGUCCGCCAGCAUGCUUACAGCAUGGCACUGGGAGAGGACUUCCGCAGCCUCAUCAUUGGCCUGCAGUACGGUGGCGUCCACACGGUCAAUUCCCUUUAUUCCAUCUAUAACUUCUGCAGCAAGCCCUGGGUGUUCUCUCAGCUCAUUAAAAUCUUCAACUCGCUGGGUCCAGAGAAGUUCCCUCUCGUGGAGCAAACAUUCUUCCCAAGCCAUAAGCAGAUGCUCACAACUCCGAAUUUCCCUGUGGUGGUCAAGCUGGGACAUGCUCAUGCUGGAAUGGGGAAGGUCAAAGUCGAGAACCAGCAUGAUUUCCGGGACAUGGCCAGCAUAGUAGCCAUGGCAAAAACCUAUGCCACCACCGAGCCCUUCAUUGACUCCAAGUACGACAUCCGAAUCCAGAAAAUCGGCAGCAACUACAAGGCGUACAUGAGGACGUCCAUCUCUGGAAACUGGAAGGCAAACACGGGUUCUGCGAUGCUAGAACAGAUUGCAAUGACAGAGAGGUACAGACUCUGGGCGGAUGCCUGCGCAGAAAUGUUUGGAGGUCUUGACAUCUGCGCUGUCAAAGCUGUCCACAGUAAAGAUGGAAAAGACUAUAUCAUUGAGGUUAUGGACAGCUCAAUGCCCCUUAUUGGAGAGCAUGUGGAAGAGGAUAGACAGCUUAUAGCUGAUUUGGUGGUUUCCAAGAUGACUCAACUUGCCAUCACUGCUGGAUCUACGCCAUCACCACUGCGGCCUUGGCCUCCCCAAGUUCAGCCUGCAUCAGUGAAGUCUCAGACUGGACCUCAGCUUGGACAACUGUCCCAACCACGGCCUCCUCCCCAAGGUGGACCACGCCAGCCUCAGGGAUCUCAGCCUCCACGGACAAAUGCACCUCCACAGCAGCGGCUCUCUCCUCAAGGACAGCAGCCCCAGAGUCCCCAGUCCACUUCACCUCAGCAGCAAAGGUCCCCUGGAUCUCCACAGCAAGUCCGAUCAGCAACCGGGUCCUCCCCAGUCCAAGCUUCCAAGGCAGGCGUUUUCCCUCCACAGCAACCUAGACCUCCUGCUCAAGGCCGAGCUCCUAACCAGCCAAGCCCCACUGAAACGUCCAAGCAGCAAGCCACCCCACACCCACAUCUGAACAAAUCGCAGUCCCUGACAAACACAUUCAGCAUAUCUGAGUCAUCUCAGCGGGGAAAUGCCAACGAGGACGAAGCAAAAGCUGAGACUAUCCGCAACCUGAGGAAAUCAUUCGCUAGCCUGUUUUCCGAUUAA